UACAAAAGCUCGUAUUAAUGGAAUGGCAUCACACUCUACAUUAAUCGUUGGUCCAGUCAAGAACUCUCAGGCCAGCGAAGUUUAUGAAAUGUUGCGGUAGCUGAGCCGACCACAAAUCCGUCGAGAUGGGUUCAAACGCCCAACAAUUUUGCCUGAAAUGGAACAACCACCAGGCCAACAUGCUGUCGGUGUUUGACCGACUGCUGUCCAACAAGAGCCUGGUGGACGUAACGAUAGGCUGCGAAGGACGGCAGGUGAAAGCACACAAGGUAGUGCUAUCAGCCUGUAGUCCGUUUUUCGAGAAUUUGUUCACCGAAAACCCUUGUAAACACCCAAUUGUGAUAUUGAAAGAUAUUCGAUAUGCCGAUCUCAAAGCUUUAGUCGAAUUCAUGUAUAAGGGUGAGGUAAAUGUUGUGCAGGAGCAGCUACCAACGCUGCUGAAGACAGCCGAGGCAUUAAAGAUCAAGGGCCUCGCUGAAGUGACGGGCGAAGGAAAGUCCGAUGACAAACCACAUGCAUCCGUGACCCCACGACCGGAAUCGCCGGGUUCGCGGCGUAAACGGCAACGCGUACGGCGUAAAAGCACAGAUUCGGCAGCUGGCGUAAGCGAGUCUGAAGAGUCUGUUCCGAAAGCCGGUCGUACGGAGCAUGAUGACUCGUCGAUGGACGGGGCCACCUCCCUCGACGACGGAUCUCAGGCGUCCCUGCAACACCCGCAGACGCCGUCACAGGCCUCUGGCCAAGCGAGAGGAGAGAAGGAAACUUCCAAUGUACAAAGCAACGCCGUCACUGUAAAUAACUCAUCUUCAUCCGCCCAGGCAAACAGUGGAAACUCGACCACAAAUGGACCUAAUUCUUCUUCGAAGGAUGCUGAUUUUGAACCCACCCGCUUAUUGGAGGCUUCCAUGACCACCGACCAUGGGGCUGACAACUCGACGGACCUUAAUAAUUCGACUGGACCGGAAAACCCUUUAUUGCCUGACGGACUGGAUAUCAAGCCGAUUAUUACCCUGGAAGAAGGCGCGACACCGACAGGCGGGAUUGUACCCGCCUCUGGCGCUACGUCGUUGGCAACAGGAACGGACGCCAUCUCUUCGCUCUUUCCUUACCCCCAGGGUACAGGUGCUGCGGCCUUGCCUGGCACCUCACAUCAAGCCAGUCCCCAAAGUCAUGACGACGAGAUCUUCUCAGUUCCGAGUAACAUGGAGAUGCGAAUUCUUCCCGAACCCGAUUCGUCCCUUGAAGAAAUGGCUCCUUUUGGCUGGGCCCUCCCUGACGGCAUGGAGAUGAGCGUGGUCGAGGAGGGCAAAUACUUCAGCUGUGACUAUUGCCCCUACCGGACGCUAGUUGCAUCGAUAUUCCAGAGGCACAUGCGGGUUCAUACGGGCGAAAAGCCAUUCCAGUGUGACAUCUGCGGCAAGAACUUCACAAGGAAAAGCAGCGUUGAGACACAUCGGCGGAUUCACACCGGAGUCCGGAAAGUAUCAUCAAGCAAAAGCAUGGAGCUCGACCUUAUCGUUCCUGAUGUGGAACCGAACAACAAUACGAGCAAGGACACGAAAUGCCCCAGCCCUACGAGCUUGGUCACGACGAAGAUCGUCGGUAGCAGUAGUGCCACUGCUCAUUGUGCGAACUCCGCCAGCGUAAAAGUUGGCAACAUGUUGACAGUCAACUCCUCACCUUCGAUGAGUCCCGCGGCUGUUGCGGCUGGAAGUCAGUGUUCCGUUGUCAACGUGACUAGCCGCGGCCUCGUGCCGUCAAUGAUGAUUCGGCCAGUCGUAACCUUGGCUCCGUCAAGCACCGGUAACGCUCUCAUGCUCCCGCAAUUUGUCCCGAUUCGCCCAACGUCACAUACGAGACAGACAAACUUGCAGUUGCCCACAGUGCAGGUAACACCGUCUGUACAGAUGCAGGCUGUUCCAACGAACUCAAAAACACUAACGCUUUUGCCUAAAACACAUGUCGUGCAAUCAACGUCGACCAGUGGUUUGCCGCUACCGGUUGUCAACGUGCAGAUCACAGGGUCACAACACCAACAAACUCAGCAGCAGCAGACGGUACAGCAUCCACAUCAGGCUCAGAUGACGUCUUCGGCUCAUCAGGGAACCCAUCCUGCGGUAACUGUCGUGAAACUUCCGCCGGGAACGGACAUCGAAGCGCUGACGACGACGGCGGCGGCGAGCUCCGUUAGCCAGAGUAGCGGCAGUGAUUCGAGAGGAAAGGCCGGACAGUUUUGGCAGUACGUCUGCGGGGACUGUCCAUAUUCAACGAGUGACUACAAACUCUACAAAAGGCACCGGUCCGCAGCGCACGAUACCAGUAACAUGCAGACAAAGGUGUGCCAUAUCUGCAAUAAGGGCUUCCUAGACCUGGACAAUCAUCUCAAGGUGCACGAAAAUGGACGUAAGCACGUCUGUGACGUAUGCGACCUCGGCUUCCAUUCCCCGAUCGAGCUCGAGAACCAUGCCUCGCGAAAGCACCAGGGUCGGCAAUUUCUCAAAUGCGGAUACUGCGAUGUCUCUGUCGUCAAGGAAGACAUAUCCCAGCAUCUUAACACGUGCGAGCUUUUCCGCAAGCAACAGCAACAUCAGUCUACGAAGUUUCUUCGCGACGAGGCUGUCGUGUGGCCCUUUAGGGCAUCGUACAGCAACUGCUACACAACAAGAACAGUUUCGAAUUGUAAGCACAUUGCCCUCCGCAUUGGCGCCAUGACUUCAUCAAUGCCAGUCACAUCUUUACUAAGACCCACAACGAUUGCCUCACAGCUAACGGAAACCGUGCUUUUACGGCUGCCCAAGAACUGCAGCUGCAUCAAUAGCAACCAGAAAAAAGUUGGUGCUGAUGCCGCCCAGAGAAGCUUAUCUAAUAUAGAUGGGUCGAGCAGUUCGGCGAGGGAAAAUCGCUUUAUGCCAGCAAAUUGUCAGACAUUGGCCUCUGCUGUGCUCAAUUGGGCCACAGGAGAGUGCACUGAAAAAGCUGAAUCUAGUAAUCCCCAAACAAAGUGGGAAUUAACAAAAGGUUCUUGUUCCCGCUCUAUGAGCACACGUAAGCAGGGAUUGUCAAUAGGUACCGGCCAAUCGACUAAUGUCCGCAGCUCAGAAUGCAUCGUCCAAGAGUAUGUCAAUUGUGAAGAGGCGGUACUCUCGGAGCCCCAACAACAAGAGGAUCAAUGCGAAUUUUUGCCAGACCUAAUGUCUGUAGAUAGCAGCAUUUUUAGCUCUCCUCAAUGCGACCAGACAAUGCCAACGAUAAGCACUACCGGCGAAGAACUCUACGAAAUACCUAUAAUGUCGUCGGUCAAAUGUGAACCCGCAAGCCCAUCGUUUGAAUCGACGACACAGAUGAAAAGGCGUCGAUUGAUGCCGACUCUUGUAUCCCACCUUCAAAUGCCGUACGCAAAAAAACCAGCGCCCUCUUCUAUUCUAACCAGUUCCAGUCCGAUUAUCCUUAAUACGACGACGGCUACUACAUCUACUAAUUUUCUUUCGUAUGUAAAUGGACGAUUUCGAGAGACUCCGUCUGUUGAUGUUUCGACUUCGUCUUCACCGUCACCGGCAUCAGCUCUAUUGCCAGCAACAUCAAAUAUCUCGUCAGACACUUUUCCCAGUAAUAGCGCAAUUGUAGGCGGCAGGCUACUUCGCGCGCGUAGAAACGCUCCGGCGUCAGUUGGAAGUUUGUUAGCAUUAUCAUCAUCAUUUUCGUCGUCGUCGUCGUCGUCGUCGCUCGAAUUAAUGCAUGCUGUCACAACCCUUAACAAACAGGAUCGUGAAGACUCUGACGAAUCGACUACCGACGCAGUUAGCAAUUCUUCGUCAGCAAAGACUUCACAUUCGCUCGAUGAUCCUGCAAUAGAGGAACCUAUCGAACCAAACCUUUCCCGGAUGCAUUACCGAGACUCGUUAGGGGCAACCUCCACGAUGAGGGCUUCGGUGAUUUCGUCAAGACGUCGCAAAAAGGUGGAGCGAGCUCAAAGUGCCGGGUGUGGUUUCAUCGGCACGGGACCGUUUCGUUGUGGAGUUUGUGGAAAGCUUAGCUCGACUCGAGCUAAAGCUAUGGGGCACUAUCGGGUUCACACGGGCGAGCGGCCUUAUCAAUGUACCGAUAACGCGUCAACGUAUCAAACAGUCAUCCGCCGGGUGGGGCGCUUCAGUAUCUCGAAGAUCGAACACGACCGUGACAAGGGCAGCGAUAGCAAUGACAAUAACAAAACAGUGAAAGAAGCGAAGCGUAGCGAGACACGGAAGGACAGCAGCAAGUCAACUUCUGCGUCGACUGCUGCUGGUGGCGACGAAGGGGCAGGACGUGACGUAGCCGCUGUAACUGCAGGGACCAGCAGCAAUCAGGCCGCUAGGGACGCAGCGGUUCGCGCCAAAAUCCUGGUCGCUUUACCACCUCCGGGCACAAGCGGCUCAGAUGAGGACGCGGCCAUCAAAUUGGCGGCGGCCACAGCCGUCGACGAGCUUUUGGCGGCGUACGCAGCCGCUGCAGCCGAAGAAGAAGAUCUGGAAAGUGACCUAAGCGCAAGCUCAGGCAGUGCGUCCGAAGACAAGGAAAACAAUAAUCCAUCAAAUGAUGACGAAAGUCUCGACGAGUUGGCCUUUGAAGAAGAGGGCGGUUGCCAAGUAGAGGAAGCUCUAGGAGCGGCACCUGCGGUUUUCAUUUUGCCCCUGAUCUGUGGCCACUGCAAUUAUCGGUCGAUUUCGCAGCGGGACCUAAUCAAUCACAUGAACACCUGCAAUAAUGGCAAACCAUUUCCAUGCAAGUACUGCAACUACUCGUGCGGCAACAAACGCGACCUUCGGGAGCACGAAAAACUACACAAAGAGAGCAAAUUCGUCUGCGACAUAUGUGGCAAGCUAUUCCGUGAUCCGAUGCGUCUCGAUGCCCACCGUGACGCUCAUGUUGGCUCAAUCACUUGCAGUUUAUGCGGAAUGUCAUUCCCGACGCACCGUAGCUUCAACGACCACGUCCGUUCACAUCAUCCGGAACGAGGCGCAACGAGUGGCCCCGCUGGCGCUGGGGCUGCCCAUUCGACAACCCGCCAUCAUCGUGAGGGGGGCCGAAGCGCUAGUGCAGUUUCGAAUAGAAAAGACGACGAGAGCGGCGAAGAUGAAUACGAACUCGAUGGAAUCGUCCAGCAGGAAUUCCUCGUGGGCGACCCUGACCUCAUCUUGAUGGGAAGUGAUAAAAAGUUCACCUGUGAACUCUGCUCGUACUCAACCAAUCGUAAAAGCCAUUACAACGAACAUAUGGCUGUACAUACGGGACAUAAGCCUUUUGCGUGUCAGUACUGUGACUAUCGCUGUACAAAGAAAUGUCACUUGGCCCGCCACGAACGUACGCACACUGGCGAAAAACCCCACGAGUGCACACAGUGUGGGAAAAAGUUCAAUCAGCGCGCCUCGCUAAACGUCCACCUUCGUGUGCAUACAGGUGAGAAACCCUACACUUGUCUCGGGUGUGGCAAGUGUUUCGCCCAGCGCAACGGACUCAAGGAUCAUGUGUAUGCUCGCCAUAUGGACAAAGCCGACGUUCUACUGCAGGUGGCGCCACUUGUCAAGCUUUGAACUCUAAUAAAAUAACUAUACGUAGUCAACACGUUACCCAAAAAAGAAAGCCAGCAACCGCUUCGAUUCACUUUGUGUGGUACAAUUUAUUUUGGAAAAUAGUCGCGUCAUCAUCUAUUUAUGCUAUUAUAGAAUUCAGGUUGAAAAUAAUGCCGAUGGUAUUAUUUUGGUAAACGCGUUAAUCGCUGCUAAUUUAAAAACGGGAUUAAAAGUUUUCUGAAAUCGAUACGCUGAGAGAAAAUAGUCCUGUUGUGGGAGUUGCCUUCAGAGCUUUACGGUCGAACGGUUCUGAAUUUCGCACUAUGUCAACGUCUAAAUGUACGCGGAAAAUGGCAGUGUUCAAUACAAUAACAGUUGAAACGACCGUAUACAUUCGCCUAUCAAUGAUAGAACAUCAGCAAAGAGUUCUGGUAAGUCCUUUUGGUUGCUGGCACGAUAGGUGCUCGUGCAGUAUGCAUUCUGCACAAUAUGAAUAUUGUGUGAUUGAUUACGCCGUACCGGAAAAGAACCACCUUAGAGAAAUUAGAUUGUGCUAUAUUG